AUGCCACCUAAACAAGACAGUAAUAAUAAAGUGAAGAAGAGAGUAAGAAAGUCAAUUACAAUGGAGGUUAAAUCUAAGAUUUUAAAACUCAAAGAUCGCGGUUAUUCGACUUCAUCUAUUGGACGAGAACUUAAUUUAUCACGCACGACGGUACAAACAAUAUUGAAAGAUAAAGAAAAACUCUUAACAGCUCUUCCUUCCGUCUCUUCAAACAGCACUAUUAUACGCAAAAGGAAUGCUUUAAUUUAUGAAAUGGAAAAACUGUUGUACAAUUGGAUUCAAGAUCAAACUCAGCGACGGGUUCCUCUAAGUUUGGCUAUUAUACAAAAUAAGGCGCUGAGUAUCAUCAACACACUGCAAAAUAAACGUGGCGAGAAUAAUAGUGACGAAACAAAAUGUUUUUCUGCCAGUCGCGGAUGGUUCAUGCGCUUUAAAACGAGAUAUUCGUUACAUAACAUUCGAGUGCAAGGAGAAGCUGCUAGUGCCGAUCAUGUGGCUGCUCAGAGUUUUCCUGGAAUAUUAAAGGAAAUUAUCGAAAGUGGAGACUAUUCGCCUAAACAAAUUUUUAACGUGGACGAAACUGGUUUGUUUUGGAAAAAAAUGCCCUCUCGUACUUUUAUAUCACAGGAAGAAAAGUCUAUGCCUGGAUUUAAAGCGGCUAAAGAUCGUUUGACGUUGUUAUUGGGUUCGAAUGUUGAAGGUGAUUUUAAAUUGAAACCCCUUUUAGUUUAUAGGUCUGAAAAUCCUCGAGCUCUCAAAAAUUACGUCAAGAGUACUCUUCCAGUUAUAUGGAAGGCUAAUCCAAAGGCAUGGGUUACAUCAAUACUUUUUGAAGAAUGGUUUACUAAGCAUUUUAUACCUGAAGUGAAACAGUACUGUUCAAACAAUAAUUUGGCUUAUAAAGCUUUACUUAUUUUGGACAAUGCUCCCGGCCAUCCUGUGCGUAUUGCCGAUAUUGAUCCUCAAAUCAAAGUCGUGUUCCUGCCUCCCACUCUCGCUUUCCAAUUUGUUGCUUGUUGA